UCUCUCUGUGUCCGACUUGACGCGCCUCUCUCCUCCUGUGUAGAGCCUCGCGUUGUGGAGCAGUAGCCGCAUAUUUAAACGCGUUUCCAUAAUGCGAGCGUGAAGUGUAGUCCAUGUAGUGAAAACACGGAGAGAGAGAGAGAGAGAGGGAGGAUUCAGGCGGACAGGAGGGUUACCGGCUUUUUACAACCGAGCCUGUCAGUCAGUGGAUAAAAUGUCGAACCGAAAGCACCGGGACAACCAGGAGAUAUGCGCCCGCAAGGUCCGCGAGCUGGCCCAGUCUGGAGUAAACAAACACUGCUUCGAGUGCAACCAGCCCGGGGUGACUUACACCGACAUCACGGUGGGCAGCUUCGUCUGCACGUCGUGCUCCGGAAUGCUACGAGGCCUCAACCCUCCCCAUAGAGUCAAGUCCAUCUCCAUGACAACCUUCUCCCAACAGGAAGUGGAGUUCCUCCAAAACCAUGGCAACGAGGUCGGGAGGAGGACAUGGCUGUGCGUGUUUGACCCAAAGACGGACGGCUGCUCCGACAUGAAGGACUCUCAGAAAUUCAAAGAGUUCCUGCAGGACAAAUACGAGAAGAAGAAGUGGCAUUUUUCCAAAAGUAAGAACCGGAGGGACGUUGAGGGUCCUUGGAGUCCGGGGGUCCAGGCGGUGCCCCCUUCCCAUGGUCCCUUAGCGAGCCAGGCCCCCUCCCAUAACCUGCCCCCUAACGCCAGAACCACAAGGCCACUGUCUCAGUCCCAGCUGCCGUCGUGGGAUCGAGCUCCCGUGAUCUCGCCCGCCGACAUGCGGACGGACGCGUUCACCGCUCGCCCAUCGCGCUCCCAAAGCUUCAGAGACCCCCCUCUGAAAGAUCCCACCCUGUGCGGGAUAGAACGACAGCGGCCUGGCUCCCUGUCGUCAGGGCUGGGAGCGCAGAGCCACGUCCCUUCCUUCCCCGCCCUCCCGCGGCCCUCAGCCAGUAGCUCUUUCAAAAACCACUUCACUUUAGGUCGUACAGUAUCGGCCUCGGGGACCACGGGGCCCUUCAGGGCCUUCCCCAAGUCUCUCAGCGUCGACUUCGGAGGUCUGAGCCACCCUCAGCAGCAGACUCUGCCUCAGUCUCUGUCCCAGCAGCAGCACGGAAGCGCCGGCCAGACGACGACGCAUGUCGGCAGCUCCAACGCCCAGGACCGAUAUGCCGCGGUGUCACAUCUAGACAACAUCUUCGCUGACCCGCCAACGGUCACAGCUCCACCUGGUGGUCCUCCGCAGUACAACGCCAUCUUCGGCAGCAGGCUCUCGUCCAGCUCUACUCCUGCCAGUUCCCCCGGUGUCGAUACAGGCUCCGGCUCCCAAACCUUUGCAAAUUUCCCCAACCCAUUCAGCUCCAGCUCGGCCUCCCAGCAGCCCGUUGCCCUCUCCCCCAGUAACCCCUUCAGCAACGCAUCAGGAGGUGACUCCAGUGCGUUUGUCACCUCGCCCACCUCCGUCUUUCCUCCGUCCGCCUCCUUCCCAGCGCCCAACACCCAGAAUGCAUUUCAUCAUGAGUCAGCCACCAACCAGGAAGCCAACGGUUUUGCCUCCUUCCCUGCGCCCGACUCUCAGCCCAAAGUCCCCCGGCCGAUGUCGGUGAACCCGUUCACGGGGAAUGUUUACCCCAGUCGAGGGACGUCGCGAAACCCUUUCAUCUGAACCCCCCUCCCACCCCAACUCUCCACCCCAUUCAUCUCUGGGAACUGAGGGAGAAGUGAACUUGAGGAGUCGCUGCCAUUUCAAUGCCUCUGGAGUAUUCUCACCCUCUGAGGGAGGGUUUCUCUCUCUUUCUCUCUCUCUCUCUCUCUCUCUCUCUCUCCCUCCUCUCUGUCUGUGUUUACGUGUUUGUAGAGGAAGAAAAAAAAGGUGUGAAUGUAAUUAUGAAAUUCAUGUAUGUGUGAGAUCGGUCGCCUGCUGUGUUUGUAUGUCAAAAAAGGUGUUUGUGUGCCAGUAAGACGCCACCUCAGGGCUCUGUGGGGAGUCACGAGUAAACUCUGAUUUUGUUGCAGAACACACACACAUAUGACACACACACACAUACAUGUCGCUGCUGCUGCUGCUUUCAUCUCCUGCUUAGAAGUGCAAAAAAAACAACAGCCCAAUAGCGUCAGCGUCGUCUCCUGGUUUUUAAAAACACUCAGUCGUCCAAAGGAAGAGCCAGUUGAGACUCUCGAUCACGAGUUUUUCUACAGAUGGUCAUAACAGCCUUAACAGCCUCCUGGUGCAUGUGAAUUAGCGUCGAAAAGAUAAGACGGGCUUCUCUCUCUGUGACGGGUGCGUGGAACAUGUUUGCAUUCGUCACCGUUACAUUUUUUUCACGUCAUCCUUUUUGAAGGAUAAUCGUAUGUUUUCCACUUCCUAGGCUGCAUGCGCUUAGAGGGCUAAAAGGAGAUAACUACUGAAUGUAAAAGCAAUUUCAGAAUAACUUUAAUGUGUAUAAAAAAAAAAACGUCAUCGCUUCAUGUUCCGGACCAAAAUGUUUUCUCACUUGUUUUUUUUAGAUUUGUUUUUUUUGACAUGGAGGCGAAGUUCAUUUCUCUUUAUUUUGCCAAAAAGAAAAAAGAGAGAUUCAUGUGUCUUUGUAAUGACAAAAGUAUUCAUGUUCAUAAAAUCAGUUUGUUGCUUCUUAA